CUCUUGGUUCUGUCUGUUCCAGGAUGGUGUUCUUCCUGGAGGAGGUGAUGGCCUGCACAAAGCGGCUCCUGGAGCUGAUCUCCGGCUGGCUGCCGCGGCAUUUCCUCGGUGCCAUCCUGGUGUCUCUCCCAGCUCUUGCAGUUUUCUCACACUUCACCUCUGACUUUGAAACAAACAUACAUUACACCAUGUUUAUGUGUUGUGCCAUUCUGAUCACCAUUGUGCAGUACUGCAACUUCUGCCAGCUUAGCUCCUGGAUGAGAUCUCUGUUGGCAACCGUAGUAGGAGCAGUGCUGCUCAUUCUGCUCUACGUCUCCUUGUGUCCAGACAGCUCUGUGGAAACCUUGCAUCUAGACUUGGCACAGAACCUUAGCUCCAGGAAGAGUCCGUGCAACAGUUCGAUGCCAGCCGACGUGAAGAGGCCUGCAGACCUCAUAGGUCAGGAAGUGAUUUUGGUGGUCUUCCUCCUGCUGCUCCUGGUCUGGUUCCUGAACCGAGAGUUCGAGGUCAGUUACCGCCUGCACUACCACGGGGACGUGGAGGCUGAUCUUCAUCGCACCAAAAUUCAGAGCAUGAGGGAUCAAGCCGACUGGCUGCUGAGGAACAUCAUCCCCUACCACGUGGCCGAGCAGCUGAAGGUUUCCCAGAGCUACUCCAAAAACCACGACAGCGGCGGAGUGAUCUUUGCCAGUAUUGUGAACUUCAGCGAGUUCUACGAAGAGAACUACGAAGGAGGCAAAGAGUGCUACAGAGUCCUGAACGAACUGAUUGGGGAUUUCGACGAGCUGCUGAGCAAACCACAUUACAGCAGCAUCGAGAAAAUCAAAACCAUCGGGGCGACCUACAUGGCUGCUUCGGGACUGAACACGUCGCAGUGUCAGGACAACAACCAUCCCCACGGGCAUCUGCAGACCCUUUUCGAAUUUGCCAAAGAAAUGAUGCGAGUGGUGGAUGACUUCAACAACAACAUGCUGUGGUUUAAUUUUAAACUUCGGAUUGGCUUUAACCACGGCCCCCUGACUGCGGGGGUCAUCGGCACCACCAAGUUACUGUAUGACAUUUGGGGUGACACUGUGAACAUCGCGAGCAGAAUGGACACCACUGGCGUCGAGUGUCGCAUACAGGUGAGUGAGGAGAGCUACCGCAUCCUGAGCAAGAUGGGGUAUGACUUUGACUACAGGGGGACGGUCAAUGUGAAGGGGAAAGGUCAGAUGAAGACCUACCUGUACCCCAAAUGCAUGGACAACGGGAUUGUGCCGCAUCACCAGUUGUCCAUAUCUCCAGACAUUCGGGUUCAGGUGGAUGGCAGCAUUGGGCGAUCUCCGACCGACGAGAUUGCCAACCUGGUGCCUUCUGUACAGAAUUCUGAUAAGAUAGCCCAUGGCACAGAUAACUCAGAAACCAAGGACGCUCUUCCUUCCUCCAAGAAGCUCCAGAAAGAGUCGACGAAAGCAGAAGAGAGGUGCAGGUUUGGCAAAGCCGUAGAGAAGACUAACUGUGAGGAAGCAGGAACUGAGGAGGUCAAUGAACUGACAAAGCUAAAUAUCUCUAAGAGUGUAUGAUGCACUGUCAGAGUUGCAUGAAGUGCUCUGUCAAUAGAAACACAAAGACAUUUGCAAUUGGCGGUUUUCUUUUUCAAGAGAGACCUUCUCAACACCUGGGUUGUACGUUUGUUUUCAUUUCAGCGCCUGGUGCUGUGUGGAUCACAGCUCCUCAGGGCUCGUUUUCAUCCAUCUCUCUCCUCCAUGCCCCAAAUCACAUCCCCCAGCUCCCCAGCUCCCUGUGCAACCAUCUUACAGCUGAGUAGAGGAUAUUAAGUGCCUUCAGAUAUACUCCAUUGGACUCCCUGUCAAGGUACAGAGGCCCCAAGUGAAAUCAUAGCUUUGGGUAUUUAUCUAAUUUUAAAGAAAAGCUGUGGUUAUAUCAUUUUUAUUGUUGUUUCUCACAAAACACUUUUUUUGGCUGAUGCAACUCCUUGGGUUUUUUAUAUCUAUCCGAACAAUAUUUUACUGUUAUCAGACCUUUUGUAUGUAAACACACAGACCAACGUGCAUGUAUCUACCGUGUGAGACUGACAUCAAGUGCCAGUAACGUACCACAAGAGAAUGUCUUGGCAAGGGGGUGACAAAAUUUUCCUUUGGAUUGGGCUGGAGGAGGAGUUCUGCAGUGGCUCAACAUUUAGGUAGAGUAGGCUGAACAACUGCUGUAGUUUUAUUCUCCUUUACGGAUGCUUUCUUCAAACUUAAUGUGCCAUUGUGUGCUUUGGAUACACUUCUUUUCCAUAUAGCCAUUGAGUUACUGAUCUGUGGGAAUGGAAUAAGGGGUUGGACUGCACCAGCUCUUGGGACGGGCUUCCAGAAGCAGCCGAGUGCCCAGAAGAGCAUUGCUGUUUGGGUCUUACAUGUCUAAAAGUGUUUCAUGUCACUCCACUCGCCGGCUGAAUUGGCGAAGGUAGGUGAAGUCGGUGCCUCUAGGCUGGUCUGAUCCGAGAGAGAGAGAAAAGUCAAAUAAAUGUUUUGGAGAUGCCUUUA